ACUUGAGAAAGCUAUAAAUAUUUUUCAAAUACUUUGUUCUGCUUCAUUUAAUUUCUCAAUUUUUGUUUAAUCGGUUUAUUCUUUUUGUGCUGCAUUUUUAUUUAUUUUCAUUUAAUACAAGAUUAUGCCUUUUUUUGAUUCCAUUUCUGAGGCUAUAGAUACCAUCGUGGUCAAGCCAAUAGAAGUUGUGGGAAAAACUACAGUUUCAUUAACUGAAACAGUAGCAGAAACUGUGGAACAAUCAGUAGACAACCUUAUUAUAAGACCUGUACAGGCAGUUGGAAAGGCGUCAUUUGUAGUUGCUGAGACGUCAGAGCUUAUCAUCGAUAAUGUUAUCAUUAAACCGGUUGAAAAAUUAGGAGAGGCAACGAUUGUAGUCGUAAAUACCUGUAGUAAUGUUAUAGGCAGCAUUACAAACUAAUAUAACAAUGUUAUGCUCAAUAAAAUGAAAGUAUGCAAAGCGUGGAAGUUUUUAAUGCAACGGUUUUUAAAAUUUUGAAUUUUUUGUUGAUUUCGCUGAAUAAAAGCUGAAUUAAAAGAUAAAGUGGACGAGAUCAGAGAGAACAAAUCAAAACUAAAACAAUAAUUGUGAAAUUUAAAUAGUUUAACUCAUUAAACAUGGCAUUAAAAGUGAUUGUUGGCCAAAAAAUUAUGAAUGAGGUCAUCAAAUACAAAGGGCCUCAAAAGAAAGCAGCACCCGGAAAAGCAGCAGCAGCAAAUGUUGAAUGGCGCGUACUCGUUGUUGAUAAGCUUUCCAUGCGAAUGGUUUCUGCAUGCACUAAAAUGCAUGACCUUAGUGCUGAAGGCAUAACAUUGGUUGAAGAUAUCAAUAAGAAACGAGAACCUUUACAAACGAUGGAAGCUGUAUAUUUGAUCACACCAUCAGAGGAUUCCGUACGUCAUGUGAUUCGUGAUUUUGAGUCACCUACUCGUCCUUUAUAUAAAGCUGCCCACGUAUUUUUCACCGAAGCCAUACCAGAUUCAUUAUUUGAACUCAUGAAAGGACAAGAAAUUGUCAAACAUUUGAAAGCAUGCAAAGAAAUUAAUAUUUCAUUUAUUCCGUACGAAGAGCAGAUUUUUUCACUGGAUUCGCCCGAUACAUUCCAAUGUAGCUAUUCGCCAAGCUUGAGAUCCGCUCGAGUUGGUAAUAUGGAGCGUAUAGCCGAACAGGUUGCUACGCUUUGUGCCACUUUGGGCGAAUAUCCUUCCAUACGUUAUCGCAGUGAUUGGGAACGUAAUGUUGAAUUGGCCCAAUUAAUCCAACAAAAAUUGGACGCUUACAAAGCCGAUGAACCAACAAUGGGUGAAGGACCAGAAAAGGCCAAAUCAACGUUGUUGAUUCUGGAUCGUGGCUUUGAUUGCGUUUCUCCAUUACUGCAUGAACUAACGUUACAAGCAAUGGCAUAUGAUUUGCUACCUAUUUCAAAUGAUGUCUACAAAUAUGAGAAUCAAGGUGCCGAGAAGGAGGUCUUGUUAGACGAGAAUGACGAACUUUGGUGUGACUUGCGUCAUCAGCAUAUUGCGGUCGUGUCUCAAAAAGUCACAGGACAAUUGAAGAACUUUACAGAAUCAAAACGAAUGUCAGCAACUGACAAGGCAUCAAUGAGAGACUUGUCCCAGAUGAUUAAGAAAAUGCCGCAAUAUCAGAAGGAACUGUCAAAAUAUGCAACACAUUUGCAUUUGGCUGAGGAUUGUAUGAAGGUUUAUCAAGGCUACAUUGAUAAGCUGUGUCGCGUUGAACAAGAUUUAGCAAUGGGUACAGACGCUGAGGGCGAGAAGAUUAAGGAUCAUAUGCGCAAUAUUGUACCAAUCCUUCUUGACACAACUGUCUCAAAUUAUGACAAAGUUCGUAUCAUUGCUCUUUAUGUGAUGAUUAAAAAUGGAAUUUCAGAGGAGAAUUUCACAAAAUUGGCAACACAUGCUGGCAUUGAACAGCGGGAACGAGAAAUGAUUCUAAAUUUGACUCAUUUGGGUGUAAAUGUUAUAUCUGACGGAAGUCGACGCAAGCAAUAUACAAUACCACGUAAGGAACGUAUUACAGAGCAAACGUAUCAAAUGUCUCGUUGGACUCCAGUAAUUAAGGACAUCAUGGAGGAUUCAAUUGACGAGAAAUUGGAUCAGAAGCACUUCCCAUAUUUGGCAAAUCGCUCAGGACAAACAUCAUAUAGCGUCCCAACAAGUGCACGUUAUGGACACUGGCACAAAGAGAAGUCAGCACCAGUCAUCAGAAAUGUACCAAGAUUAAUCUGCUUUGUUGUUGGCGGUAUGAGUUACUCAGAAAUGCGAUGUGCAUAUGAAGUCACAAAUGCAUACAAGAAUUGGGAAGUUAUUGUCGGAUCAUCACACAUUUUAACGCCUGAAGGAUUCCUUAGUGAUUUGGGAGCCAUUUCUAAGGAUGAUUAAAGUUAAUAAGUUAAUAUUGCAAUAAUUUUUUUUCUCUCUAUCUAUUCCCUCAUAAUGAAAAAUUUUCUUGGCUUAUCAAUGUGAUUUUUCCUCUAAACUGUAAUUGAAUGAUGAGAAGAAAAGAUAUUUAACAAUAUUUAAUAACGUGAAAAAAGUUAUAAAAAUUUUAAAGUUUAAAAGCUUCUGUACUAAGCAUUGUGAAGACAAAGAAGUUCACAUGCUAUGAAAUUUUCAUUUUUUCAUCAACUUAAUGAAUUUCGUUAUUUAUUUCGGAGAAAUAUUUAAAUUAUUUUAAAAGCAGUGGCAAUCAAGCCUGUCUCGAUACCAAAUGAAGUAUUUAAAGUCUCUUUUUUUAUUGCGCUAUGUUGGCACUUGGUAUUAUUCUCAUUAUCGCCAUUUAUUGCUAAUUCCAAGUGUUUAAUUUUGUAGGUGGAAGUGGAAUGCGAAUGGAAUUUUUUGGGGCGCUGUGGGAAUGCUUUGGAAAUGAAAAGUUUACAAAAAUUUGGAAUUGCGAUAAAUAAAAGCUUUGAAAUUUGUAUGAGAAACUCUCAUAUGAUCCGGAACCAUACAAAUGUUCUAAAACUAUAAAGAACAAUACACAUGUUUUUGAAUCCACAACUAAACCAUACAACAGCCUGAAAUUUGAUAAAAACAUUCGAAUUGAACAAAAAACGUCAAAAUUCCCGAAAUGUUAUAAAACCCUUCAAAUUCCAUUCAAACCCUCAAAAUCUGCAAUUUAUAAAUUUAUUUAAAUCUUUGUUUCAAAAACCUGAUUAUUGACGAUUAAUUGCUUUAAAUGUUUUAAAAGACAAUAUUUUAGUUUAGGAUUGAAUCAUUAUAUUCUACAAGCCUAGAAGAAUAGAAAAGUUUACCUAUUUAACAGUUUAUUAUGUUUAUGUUCUUUAAAUGAAAUUUUUGAAUGAAGAAAUGUUAAUGCAAUUUGCAUUUUUUGCUACUUAGCAUUUGAAUAGUAGAAUGAAUUUUUUUCAAGGAUUCAGCAGAAUAAGGAAAAGUUUUUUAAAAGGGAAAUAUUCUAUAUAAUUAAAAUGAAGCUCUAGAUAGUUCUAGUGCAUGUCUUUCUUUACUCAAGAAUUAUUAAAAUAGUAGAUUUUUGCAUAUAGUUGCAUGUGAACAAUGUGCUGACUUAUUUGAAAGUAUUAAGUCUCUAUACUCUUGUAACUAGACACACUUAUAUAAUAUUUUGAGACCUUUGAUGAAGAUCAAAUUAGUAGCUAUAAUUAAUUAGAUGCUUUAGCUCAGUUACCAAGAUUUGUCGCCAUUUCAAAUUCACAUUCAAAUUAUAUGCCAAUAAUCUCCAAAUUAACUAUAUAUUUACCGAAAAAAAUCAAAUCAAAUCAAACAAAUCAAUAAACUAACAUAAAUGAAUAUCAGAAUGAGUACAUCCGUUUUAAAAGCAAAACUUCUAUAUAUCAUCAUAUACAUGGAUAAUAACAAUCUCUUUCUUAAAUAUUAACAUUAAAAAUUGAUUCCUUUAUUAGGUAGAAUAAUAAUGAACAAAAUGAAAAGUAAUAAAAGUAAAUGAAUAUUUAUUGAGCAGAUUUAGCUAUGGGGAAGGUCAAUUUGGGGGUAGAUUAUUAAGGUUCUAGAAGAUUGAGAAAUUUUGAACAUCUUUUUAAAAUGUUUUAACACAGAUUAAGUCAAGAUAAUAAUUAAGACAUGAAAUUACAUCAAGUGUCUGUCAAAUGAAAAGCUUGGUCUUGGAGUCAUAAAGGGUAGGCUUGACUAAUUAUUAACUUACAGAAAAAUGUGAUCCUGAAGCGUGUCGAAAAACUGAAAUCACUUAAUAACAAGCUUCAUAGCUCCCAAAACCUCACCUAUAACUAGAUUUGCUCCUAUUCAGUGAUCCCAAACGAUAACUUACCUAUCAAAUUUCAACAAUUUAAAUGAAAUUUUGAAAAAAAAAACAAUGGGAGACAUGCAGCCUCCACUUAAAAAAAUUUGGAAGUUUAACAAAAAAAAAAGCUUAAAGUCAAUUUUUAAUCUUAGAGAAACUCAUUUUUCAACAUUUAAUAAACAUUUGAUGACAAACUAUAUACCUUAAAAUGUAGCACGAAUCAUUAACAAGAAUGACAGUUCAUAGUUUAAAGUAUUUAAUGAUUAUUGUUGGAUUGAACACCAAAUGAUUCGCAUAGAACUGGACUUCCAUUUCUCAAUUGGAGCAGUUCAUAAAGAAAGUAAGAAACUCUUGCCUCAUUUUACGUGAUGCACGUGUGCAUUAAAAAAUCUAAUCAAUAAAGUAAUAAAAAUCUUCAAAGUAUUUAUAUCAAUAAGCUAAGCUUAAAAAAAUUGAAAUUCAGUGAGUUGGCCAAGUCAACAAAAUAAAUUGGAAAUUAAUGCACAGAGGAUGUUUCUUACUCCUGCAUUAAAAAUAAAAUAUUUUUUAAAAUUUACUUCCAUGUGCUUCGCGUGGAAGUUGAAGAUACAUAAAAAAUGGGAAUUUUGAAAAAUAAUAAAAAUGAUACCUAACUAUUGGAAGCAUUUUAUCACUUGUAAAAUCAUAAGCAUUAACAUUUAAAACUGCAAGGAUAAUAUAUAUUGCAAAAAGUUCAAAAAGUA